CAUCAGCUUCGUCUUCAUUUCCCUUUUAACUAAUCCAUCACUCAUUUGACUUCCACACCUCUCUUCUUUCGCCAUUCAUACUGUUUUGGCUCUUUAAGCAUCUCGAUUUGUCACCCAAAGAAUUUGAGCGCGACAUCUUUUCGGAAAGUUGUGUGAAUAAAGCGUGCAAAGUUGCUGUCUACGGUGUAUGGACAUCAAAUGAUGUAGAGUGCAAGAUUCUGAAGUGAUGGAUAGUGUUUGUGCUGAUGCAAUCAGAAGUUGUCAAAGUAAAGAACUUGAACUUCCGAUCUGAUGUCGACUACCCAUAGCUCUUUGCAAGGGCAUAAUGAUAACAAGGUUCAUGCUGCAAGAUCCCAUCUAAAGAAAAGGCAAACCUUUGAAAGAUCUCUUGGUUCAAAUGAUCUGAAAGGAGUUGUAAAUGACAGUACUCAUCCAGACCAAGAAGCUGAGGAACUGUUGUCACGGGUUAGAGCACAAGAAGGGGAGAUUCAGCUUCUUCGUCAACAAAUGGCAGUUGCUUGUUUGAAGGAAUUGCAACUGUUGAAUGAGAAAUGUGCACUGGAGAGGAAAUUUUCAGACAUAAGAUUGGCAGUUGAUGAGAAGCAAACUGAAGCCCUUACUUCUGCCUACAAUGAGUUGGGAUACAGAAAGGGGGAUCUUGAAGUGAACUUAAAAUUGACUAAUGAAUUGAAGGCUGUGGAUGAUGAGAGAUAUCACUACAUGUCAUCAUUGGUUGGGCUUUUGGCAAAAUAUGGUAUUUGGCCUCGUGUCAUAAAUGCCUCUGUUCUAUCCAACAGUGUGAAGCUACUUCAUGAUCAGUUGCAGCAGAAGAUCAGAACUUCACAUGAAAAAAUUGGAGAACGAACAUCUCUUGUUGAAAAUCAUUUUGAGAGUGGAUUUCAAUAUAAAGAGAGAGAGAAUGCUGAUUUUAAGUUAUUUGAAAGUGGAUAUCAAUAUCAAAAGAGAGAGAAUACAGAUAUGGGGACUUCAAAAUACCAACUUCCUCCCCAAGCAGAGCAUUUGAGAGCAACUGAAGAUGUGUUUAUAUCUAGUAGGGUACAAACUAAUAUUCCAAAAUCAGCAGACUUCAGUCAGAGACCUCAAGUGCAUCAACCUGUCAAUGACAUUUCUCCAGACCCUUUAUUCUAUACUGGAAGGGAAGUGCCUGGUGAUUUUACCCCUCCGGUUGAUGAUGAAGCUGUGGAACUCCAACGUUAUACACCUGAUGAGAGAUAUAACCACCCUGUAACGAUUGAGGGACCUAGCAUCGAGAAUUUUCAAAUAAUCGGUGAGGCUAAACCAGGGAGCACACUUCUUGCAUGUGGAUAUCCUACGCGAGGGACUUCUCUCUGUAUAUUUCAGUGGGUUUGGCAUCUUGAGGAUGGCACAAGGCAAUAUAUUGAAGGAGCCACAAAUCCAGAAUAUGUUGUUGCAGCUGAUGAUGUUGAUAAACUAAUUGCUGUUGAGUGCAUACCAAUGGAUGACAAAGGCCAUCAGGGGGAGCUGGUAAAGCUUUUUGCUAAUGAUCAGAAAAAAAUAAAAUGUGAUCCAGACACGCAACUGGAGAUUGACACAUAUCUCUCAAAGGGUCAAGCCACAUUUUCUGUUCUAUUGCUGGUUUUAUCUGAGAAUUGGGAACCAGCGUCAAUUUCUUUGAGGAGGUCCGGUUACCAAAUUAAGAUGGGAAACACAGAUGCGGUUGUAAUUGCUGAGAAAUAUUCAAGGGAGUUAUCGUUGAAAAUCCCCCCUGGGAUGUCAACACAAUUUGUUUUGACGUGUUCUGAUGGAUCAUCUCUUCCCUUUAAUGCGUAUGAUGUUAGGAUGCGGGAUACACUUGUGUUGACCUUGAGAAUGUUCCAAAGCAAGGCAAUGGACGAUAGAAGGAAAGGAAAAUCAUAGACCGAACUCAUUCGUCGUUCAAGUAUUGUGUCGAUACUCAUCAUUCAUUCAUUACGCAAACGAGAUGUAAUUGAAUUCGGGAAUCGAUCCAUCAUAGUUUUUACCAAUAAAUCAAAUAAAUCAUAAAGGUUUGCUCUUGCUGCUCUUUUUCCUCUUA